AUGGGGCUUCUCCGGAUGGGGACCAUGAUUCAGGUGCUGGCGCUUGUCCUCAGCCAAAUUCAUGCUUUUCCCAAGCCAGAGCGCAGCCAAGACAAAUCUCUACACAACAGAGAACUAAGUGUAGAAAGGCCUUUGAAAGAACAGAUUGCUGAAGCUGAAACAGAUCAGAUCCUGAAAACAGCCCCUCCAGAAAACAAAGGAGGGGAGAGAAAUUAUUCUUCUGAUGACUUGAACCUGCUAAAAGCAAUAGGAGAAAAAGAGAAAAAAGAGAAAGAAAGGAAAUUAGUACAAAACUCACCACAUAAUAAGAAAUUGAUUGUGGAAGAUGUAGAUUCAACCAAGAAUCGCAAACUGGUGGAUGACUAUGAUUCUACUAAAAGUGGACUAGAGAAUAAAUCUCAAGAUGAUCCAGAUGGCCUUCAUCAACUGGAUGGAACUCCUUUAACUGCUGAAGACAUUGUCCAGAAGAUUGCCACCAGAAUUUAUGAGGAAAAUGACAGAGGAGUAUUUGAUAAGAUUGUUUCUAAACUUCUGAAUCUUGGCUUGAUUACAGAAAGUCAAGCAUACACAUUGGAAGAUGAAGUGGCUGAGGUCUUACAAAAGUUAAUCUCUAAGGAAGCCAGAAAUAAUGAGGAAGAACCUGAAUAUCCUUCCAGCAGGACAGAGAGCUAUGCUGAAAGCCUCCCAGAGGAAACGACUCUAAAACCAACCAUUCAAGAAGGUCUUACUAAUGGAGAAAACGAUGAUACAGUACAUAACACCUGGACCCUACCUAAUACCUUGGAAAGAAGAAACAAACUUUAUACUGAAGAUAAUUUUGAUGACCUCCAGUAUUUCCCAAAUUUUUAUGCACUACUAAAAAGCAUUGACUCAGAGAAAGAGGCUAAAGAGAAAGAAACACUGAUAACUAUAAUGAAAACAUUGAUUGACUUUGUGAAGAUGAUGGUUAAAUAUGGUACAAUUUCUCCAGAAGAAGGUGUCUCAUACCUUGAAAACUUGGAUGCGACAAUAGCUCUACAGACCAAGAAUAAGCUUGAAAAAAAUGCCACUGACAAUAAAUACAGAUUAAUGCCAGAUAAGAGUCACGAGGAAGCAGACAGUACAAAGGAGGAAGCAGCUAAAAUGGAAAAGGAAUAUGGAGCACAAAAAGAUUCCACAAAAGAUGGAUCUAAUGCAGAAAAAAACAAGGAGGAACCAAAAGAUAAGAGUCACGAGGAAGCAGACAGUACAAAGGAGGAAGCAGCUAAAAUGGAAAAGGAAUAUGGAGCACAAAAAGAUUCCACAAAAGAUGGAUCUAAUGCAGAAAAAAACAAGGAGGAACCAAAAGGAAAAACAGAGACCUAUUUAGAAGCCAUCAGAAAGAAUAUCGAAUGGCUGAAGAAACAUGACAAACAAGGAAAUAAAGAAGAUUAUGACCUUUCAAAGAUGAGGGACUUCAUCAACCAGCAGGCUGACAUUUAUGUGGAAAAAGGCAUCCUUGAUGAAGAAGAAGCUGAGACUAUCAAACGUAUUUAUAGCAGUCUGUAG